AUGGCUGCCUUGCAAGUGGACAAACCUAUCAUGGCUGCCUUGCAAGCGGACAAACCUGACAUGGCUGCCUUGCAAGUGUACAAACCUGACAUGGCUGCCUUGCAAGUGUACAAACCUGACAUGGCUGCCUUGCAAGUGGACAAACCUGACAUGGCUGCCUUGCAAGUGUACAAACCUGACAUGGCUGCCUUGCAAGUGGACAAACCUAUCAUGGCUGCCUUGCAAGUGGACAAACCUAUCAUGGCUGCCUUGCAAGUGGACAAACCUAUCAUGGCUGCCUUGCAAGUGGACAAACCUAACAUGGCUGCCUUGCAAGUGGACAAACCUAUCAUGGCUGCCUUGCAAGUGGAAAAACCUGACAUAGCUGCCUUGAAAGUGUACAAACCUGACAUGCCUGCCUUGCAAGUGGACAAACCUAUCAUGGCUGCCUUGCAAGUGGACAAACCUAACAUGGCUGCCUUGCAAGUGGACAAACAUAUCAUGGCUGCCUUGCAAGUGGAAAAACCUGACAUGGCUGCCUUGCAAGUGUACAAACCUGACAUGGCUGCCUUGCAAGUGGAAAAACCUGACAUGGCUGCCUUGCAAGGACAGAACCUGAUGGACCUCUGGUUCGCGCAGUGCGACGCAGAUGGCAGCACGUGA